GCCCCCAUGCAUGCACUCAGUCUCACUCGCAAGACUCCCUCCCUCCUCUUCGCCUGUAUCUUCAAAAUGGAACCCAUCCCAAAGACAAAUACUUUCCUUCUUACCCUCACCAUUCUCUUCUUCUUUCUCUCAACCUCUUCCUCGGCCCCACUUCAGUUCCAAAACCUUGUCCUCAACCCACUUUCUUCCAACGCACACACCCUCUCAUUGCCUGAAUCAGAUUCCCUGCUUCCCGACUCCUCCGUGCACGACCCAGAUGCCGCCUCCACCACCACCCUCCAAUUACGCCAUUUAGACUCCUUGUCCCUCGACAAAACUCCUGAGCAACUCUUCCACCUCAGGCUCCAACGCGACGCUCUCAGAGUCAAGGCCCUAACCUCACUCGUAGCUGUUGGAAACGGGAGUCGUGCUGGCGGCACUGUCGGCGGGUUCAGCAGCUCCAUCAUAUCCGGCCUCGCCCACGGCAGCGGGGAGUACUUCACGCGCAUCGGUGUGGGCACUCCUCCAAAGUACGUGUACAUGGUGCUGGACACCGGGAGCGAUGUAGUCUGGAUCCAGUGCGCUCCGUGUAGGAAAUGCUACUCCCAGGUCGACCCUGUCUUCGACCCCACCAAGUCCAGAUCCUUUGUCGGCAUAUCCUGUGGCUCCCCCUUGUGCCGGAAGCUCGACUCUCAGGGCUGCAACUCACGCAACAGGUGUCUCUAUCAAGUUUCCUACGGCGAUGGAUCCUUCACACUGGGCGAGUUCUCCACAGAAACGCUGACGUUCCGUGGCAAAAAAGUAGAACGCGUGGCGCUCGGCUGUGGCCACGAUAACGAGGGCCUGUUCGUCGGUGCUGCUGGAUUGUUGGGCCUCGGUCGGGGGAAGUUAUCGUUUCCCUUGCAGACCGGUCGACAGUUUAAUCGGAAGUUCUCGUACUGUUUGGUGGACCGCUCCGCCUCGUCCAGACCGUCCUCGAUCGUGUUUGGCGACGCAGCGGUUUCUCGGACCGCCCAGUUCACUCCUUUGCUAGUGAACCCCAAUCUCGACACUUUCUACUACGUCGAACUCCUCGGGAUCAGCGUGGGGGGAGUGCACGUCGCCGGCAUCACAGCUUCGUUGUCCAAACUGGACCCGAUUGGGAACGGCGGUGUCAUCAUUGACUCGGGCACGUCCGUAACCCGAUUAACCAGACCUGCAUACAUAGCCUUGAGAAACGCGUUCCGGGCCGGAACAUCCAAACUGAAGCGGGCACCGGAAUUCUCGUUGUUCGACACUUGUUAUGACUUGUCCGGGAAGGCAGAGGUGAAGGUACCAACGGUAGUGUUGCAUUUUCGAGGCGCUGACAUGUCGUUGCCGGCGACUAAUUAUCUGAUUCCGGUGGAUACCGAUGGGAGAUUUUGCUUCGCGUUUGCAGGUACCACGAGCGGUUUGUCGAUCGUAGGAAAUAUCCAGCAGCAAGGAUUCCGCGUCGUCUAUGAUUUGGCAGGUUCACGGGUCGGAUUUGCUCCGCGUGGGUGCGAAUGAUUGGAAGAGCCUUGUAAUUUCAGGAAAAAAUAAAUUAUUUAAAUAAGUCAAAUUAUAAAAUUAAAAUUUAAUCUAUCA